CCAACUGUGGUUCCGACUGCUGACGACGAGGUCGUGGGCGUGGCUCCCGUGCCCUCCAAUGACUUGGAAGCGGGAGUCUUCGAGGGAAUUGCAGGCUGUUGGCUACCAACUCCUGAGGCGGCAGUAGAACAGGAGGAGGAGGAGGAAGAGAGAAGCAGCAUCAUGCGAUCGUGCAGGGGUGGCCCGCCCUCAUUAUCCUCGGGAAUACGCAUUAAAGGCUCCUCGAUGGGCUCCCCCUUCGCAAGCUUUCCCCAGCAAUCCCGGUUGGCCAGGCAUCCGUCUAAUAAGGGUUGCAAUUUGCCGCAAACUUUUACAAUAACCUGA